AUGAUGCUGCUUCUUCAUGUGCUGAUGCUGUUGCUUCUCUCUGGCAGUUCAGCCAAAGUUGUGGACAAUUUUGAGAGUAAAUGUGGUAAAUUUUUUGCAAAUAAAAAAUCACAGACAAAACUUCCUGGAUCACAAUACAAGCAGAUCUGCCAAACUUUAAAUAAUUUUGAUUAUUAUGCCACAUUCUACGACACCAACAACAAGAUCCCUGUGUACUCAUCUUACAAGUUUAAAGGGCUAAAGGGUUGCACAAGACAAAACAAGUGGUACAUUGAACCUCAACUUGACGACAAUAAUGAAUCAUCAAACAUGACAUACGAGAACGAUGUGAAAAUGCCAAGACUUGGAGACAAUCAAGCUCUCAAUGGAGACUACGAGGGCUCUGGGUACGACAAAGGUCAUCUAGCACCAGUCUACCAGGCACAGUCACAGGACUGUGCUGAUGCCACCUUCACUCUCACCAAUGCUGCUCCACAAAACCCCUCUUUUAACCGAGGUCAGUGGAGGGUACUAGAAAACAAAAUUGCAGCUGAUCUGUCCAAUCGAUGUCUACCGAAGAAGUAUUCUGUUUACAUUGUGACAGGGGUGGUACCAGGUACUAAAAACAUAAAAGAAAAUAGAGUGAAAGUGCCUAGUCAUUUCUGGACUGCGUACUGCUGCUUAGACAACAAUAAAAUAUGUCAGAUCUCAAGCGGGUUUAUUGGAAAGAAUGAGAAUGUUACUCCCGAAGAAAAAACUGUGAAGAAUUUAGAGGAAGAGUUGGAAAUUCUUUAUAAAAUCAAACCCUUUAACUUGUUUUAA